AUGGGACUGGCCGUGAGCUUGGACAUGAGCGUGGCCGCCGAGUUCCCCGGCUGCGUCUCCGAGCCCCCAAGUGGCGCUCUGAGCUCGCAGGUCGCGAGCGGCGGCCCCUCGGCACGGGACCCGAGCCCCGCCGCGCCACCAGCGGCGUUCCCCGGCGGCUCGCCCCGCUGCCGGCCUGGCCCAGACGCGGUGCCCCUGAAGGUGACGCUGCCCCUGGGAGCCUGCGGUGGCCACCUGGACCUGGACGAGGACCCCUCCCUCCUUCUGCGACCGGCGGCGGCACCCGGCCAUCGACCAGGCGGGCGGCGGCCGGCGCCUGAUCGAGCUGCCCCCCGAAGGCGCCGCCGCGCGGACGCCUCAAGGGGCGCUCCGAGCCGGUCGGGCGCGGAGGACGGCCACGAAACACUCACGCGCAGGAGGAGGAGGAGGAGGAGAAGGACCUGGGCUGCAGGCCGUGCACGCGCGGCCGCGGGCCUCCCCUCCGGCGCCCGGCGCGGGCCCGGCGCGCGAGGGUUGUGA